GACGCCGGCUUCGGGCCUGGCCCGAAGGGCGGGCCGCCAGAGCGGGAGGAGGACGCCGACGGCGCGAACGCCCACGCGGGGGCCCUGGCCGACGAGACCCACACGGCUCGCAGGAAAGCCCAGGGCGUGCGCUCCCGCCAGAUCGAGCACGACCUCGCACAGGGGCCGGCGGAGGCCCCGGCGCCCGAGUCGGCGAAGCGGGAAGCCGAGGGCGAGGGC